UUGGACAUUGAGGCUGAAUGAAAACUAAACCACAGACGUUUGAAAUGUGGCUUUAUCAAAGAAUUUUAAGUGGAAAAUUCUGAAAAGUCAGUCGCAGUUCACAGUUUGAAGAUUAACGAACAGUUAAAACAUUAUUUGCUGUAUUGGCCUCCGCGACAGAGUCGAACGUUUGGAUGCGCUUUACAUCGUGGAGCUAUUUUUGGCACGUUCUCUUCAAGCAGUGUUGUUGAUUUCCAGAGGAAACUGGCCCCGAGUGUUUAAGCCAUGGACCUGGUGGAUCCUAUUCUGUCCAUAGCAGAGAAGCUGCACUCGCUAUGUGGGGAGGUGAAGGCCAAUAAGAAGCGUUGUGCACGACUGGGCAUGCGUGUAGCGGCCCUAGUGGAGCUGGUGAAAGCUGUGAAGGUGAAGGGCCCUGGAGGGCAUCCAGAGCUGGUGCAUCGCGGCCUCCAGGAGCUGCGGCUCACGCUGGAGUCCACCCGCAAGGUGGUGGAGAAGUACGCCUCUACUGGCUGUUUUCGACGUAUCAUCAAGGCCUAUGACCUGGGCGAGGAGUUCGAGGUCCUAAAUGAGCGCCUGAACGAUUCUGCGCAGCUCCUGUCGCUGGCACUACAGGCUGACCAGAAGGAGAUGCUGCAGAGAGUGUUUAAAGAGACCACACGGAGGACGGAAGACAAUGAGGACAGGGAAAGUGACCGCAGAGAGCUGGAGAAACUCUUACAGUCCUUGGCACAGGAGACAAAGGAGAGUGUGGAUGCUGUGCAUGCGAUACAUGAGAUGGUAGAUUCCACCAAGAGUGACGUGAAGGACAUCAAAGCCAUGUUGACAUCUUUAAAGAGGCCCUCCAUCCACCAGAUGGACAUAAGGGAGAUCAAGCCAGAGGAGCUGACCUACGACGUGCCCAAGAUGCCCUUCAUGAAAACCGCAACCUCUGAGAUGUACAAGGGAGAAUACAACAAGUUUACUGUGGCCAUCAAGAGAUUCACCUGCCCCAUGUCCCACAGCCCAGAGCAGGUGAGGACAGUCUUCAAAAAGGAAAUAGAAACUAUGCGGCGCUUUGAGUCACCUAACAUUCUGCGCAUGUUUGGCAUCUGUGUCCAAGAUGAGAAUGGGCCAGACCCAAACUACCUCAUCGUGAUGGAGUUCUGUGAGAAGGGUAACCUGCGGGAUGUGCUGGAUGGGCAAAGCAAACUAUCCUGGGAGCGGCGUGCCCGCAUGAGUCUUGAUGCAGCCCAAGGCAUCUACAGGUUACACCAGUCAGAAGAGAAAUUCAAAGUUCAUGGUUCGAUAAGCAGCCAGAAGUUCCUGGUGGACUCUGGAUACAGGGUUAAGCUGGGAGGCUUUGAGCUGGCAAAAACCGAGACCUCUCUGAGGAAAAACAAAGACAGAAAGAGCAGUUCCAUACAUUACUGCUCACCUCAACAGCUUGAGAAUGUGAACCAUCCCUAUGACAAGGCUUGUGAGAUCUAUAGCUUUGGGAUUGUCUUGUGGGAAGUCGCAACUCGUCAGAUACCCUACAAAGGCUGCAGCUCCAAAGAGGUGUACCAUAAGGUCUGUGAGGAGAAGACCAUGGAGCCCCUUCCAUCUGACUGCCCUCAGAUCUUUGCCAGUUUGAUCAGUGCCAGCCGUGCCUAUGACCCCUUCCACCGGCCCACAGCUGGAGUGUUGGUAGACAAGCUGCGCAAGGUUGUGCAGGAACUGGAGGAGGACUGAGGAGAGAGUGGAGGGCCUGGUCACACCAAGCUGUUCAAAUGCAGGAGUCCUACAUUGCUGAGACCGCAGUGUCCGGACAAACGGAGAAACCCAGUCAAGAGCUGACUGGCUUCAUGUUUUCUUGCUCUGUGUGGGGGGAAAUCUUUGUUUUCCUGUAUUUGCACGUAUCCAGAAUUUCACACUUCAUCUGUUACAGAACCUUCAUGCUAAUGUAAAGCACAAUGAGAUGGAAAGCAUUGUUUCAAAGAAAAAUGUCUACAACUUGUGUAGAUUUUAUUCUGAAAUACAAAGUGCAGUUGUGUUAAAUGUAUAUGCUGCUGAGGGUUAUGGAACUGCAGAUUGUUCUACAGAACUUGGGUUAGGGGAAAAUGCUAGUUUUUCAGGGACGUUUCAUCUUAGUCAUAGUUUGCAUUGUUUCAGAUAUGUAUAUGUUAAAGUAAUGCUUUUUGAAAACCACAGGAAUGGGGUGAAAAUAAACCACUGAAGAUGAUGUAUGUACAAACUAGAAUUCACCCUGUUCUUGACAGUACUUUCUUCCCUGCAAUAUGAAAUUAUUCAAAUAAUAGGCUGGUUAACAUUGCAGUCUGUGCAAAAGAAAAAAAAAAAGGCAGUGUACAGACUGCAACGUUAACUGGUCAGUGUUACCCUCUGGUUUCUCCCCACAACCCCAAAAACGUCUGUCUUUCAGCUACAGAUGUUAAAUAAUUUAAGGGCAAUCAUGGUUGUUUUAUGGAACUCCAUUCCUAAUGUAUGAACAAACUGUAUUUGCGGAGAUGUACGUCACUUUGGAGAAAAGCGUCUCCUUAAUGAAUAAAUGUAAAAUCUAACAAUGUAGCAUGGCAUGUAAAAAAUAAAGGAUGGCUAAAUCAUUGUAAGAAGCUAACUGUACACCAAGAAUGAAUAUACCCUUA